AGUCAGUGGAGGGAGGCCAAACAUUCCGAAGCGUUUCCAGGUGCCAUUGUCUAUGAAAUGGAAGCCUCUCGUUACAGUUCUCGAAGAAUUUCACAGGAAAUGUUAUUUUCAUUCUUUGAGAAUAUUCCCUUAAGACCUUCAUUGAUUUAGCUGGAUGGAAAACAGUUUGCAUUGGAGUUCUAUUUUAUCGGUUAAAGUGAUAUUUAUAAUAUACGUGUUUGUGCAAUAAACAAUUUGCAAAAUGGAUUCUGAGCAAAUACACGUGAAUGUCGGUGGUCAAACAUACAGAAUAUCAAGAGAUAAGAUUGACAAUGGUCCGCAUUCAAAUCUGAAGUAUUUGGUACAGAAUGGGUGUACAGUUUUUGACAGACCAGCUGAUAUGUUUAGCCCCAUAUUGGCUCUAUAUCAGACGGGAGAAUUACAUAUUCCUGUGACUUCAUGUCCUGGGGCAUUUCUACGUGAACUGGAAUUCUGGGAUAUAAGUCCGGACAUCCUUUCACAGUGUUGCAAAAACAGAAUACAGAGCUUUCUAGACGAGGAAGAGACAUUACGCAAGUUCCGGAAGUGUCAAGGUGAUCAAUAUGACAACACACCCAGCAGGUACUCGCUGGACUGUAUCCCGUUUCUGAGGGGCAUCCGGGCCGUCCUCUGGGGAAUCUGUGGGAACGGGAAAGCUUCGGUACUCUCAAAGACAUACGUGGCGGUGUCUCUGUUCAUGGUGCUACUGUCAAUAUUCACGGUGGCCUAUAGCACACAUCCCACAUUCCAGCGGAAUAUGACAAACUGCGAGCGUCUGCAAUACAUGCAUCUUACCAACAUGACCGGCCAAGAACAACUGCAAGAUAUUCUCGAACAAGACUGCGACUCCGAAAACAUACCAGAAGCUCUGCAGAGUACGAAUCAUUGGAACGUUGAUGAAGACAAUUUCAUCGAGGUGCUAGUUUUAGCUUCUCCAUCCCGCAUAUCCACGACUACCGGGACCCCCGCGAUGCCCAAUGGCUCUUUUCAAACUGAUCCCAUUGUUGGUGACCCGAUUUUUAUUGAAUACGUAAAAUUACCAAACAUGAAAGUGAAGAUCAUAACGUUCGUAGUCUUGGAACUGAUAACGGUGUCUUUCUUCACGGUAGACAUUGUUUUGCGUUUGUGUUCGUGUCCGUGUCUUCUACGAUAUUUCACAUCUGUCAUCAACAUUGCUGAUGCCGCUGCAUUGAUUGCGACUUACAUUCACAUGUUAUGUUUGUUUUUCUUUGAAAGGAAGCAGUACGAAAAGAGUUGGUUGGAUUUGCUACAAUUCAUGCAAAUGCUCAGAGCAUUUCGGUUGUUUCGCAUCACCAAUAAUACUCGCGCUGGUAGAGUAUUGACAUACACGGUGUACGCUAACAUACGGGAUUUACUCAUCGUGUUUUUGUUCCUAAUUGCCGGAAUGUGUACAUUCGCUAGCGUGUUUUACAUUGCGGAGAGAACGGACAAUAUCGAUAGCAUCCCCAUGGCGUGGUAUUGGGCCGCAAUUACCAUGACAACAGUCGGAUAUGGAGAUAUUACUCCAACGACGGGUAUCGGACGACUUGUAGCCGUUUUCUGCUCUAUUUCUGGUGUUCUCCUGUUCGCGUUGACUGUGCCUAUUUUCGCCAACCACUUCCUGUCCUUGUACACCCAUGUGGGGACAGUUUGCGCUAGCAGUGAGAUAGUGAAAAACGUAUCGUUGCAGUCCGCGCAGAGUAGAGAAAAUAUUAAUAAUGACGAUGUUAAACACCAAGAUAAUCAAGAAAAACGUUGAUGUAUAGCAUUAAGUCGGCGAACUCAUCAGAAUCGUUUUAGGGCCUUUUUGAAUGAUGAAAAAAUAGUAGUUUUAUUAGAACGCGCAUUAUUUCAGCCAUUUUAUUAGAUACUAAGAUUCAAUAUAAUACGAAUACAACUUUUCUGACAAAAAUGCGAUUACUUAUAUCAGUAAUGAAGAAAAUAUGCACUUUUAGAUGUGGAACUUAUUCGCAAUUAGAGUAUAAAAUGCUACAAACGGCUACUGCAGAUAGGCACCUGAGUGACGACUAUGGGAGAUCGCUGGGCAAGGACUUCCCUAAUAAUUCUGAUUCGUUUCAGUUUUUCAAGUCCAGAUCACAUGACCAUCAUCAGAUAAUAUUUUCUUAUUCAGACAGCUGGAAGAAAGAGACAAGCCUUUUUGUUGUGUAUCAGUGAAAACAAGUGUCAUGUUAGAUGGGAAAUAUGUUUAUCACCUUAAGAGUUGAACAGUUGAUCUGACGUGUAAAUAAUUUUAUUCCAGAAAAUUGAUAUACAUGCAUGUCCUCUAAAUAACGUGCCAGAACUGUUUUGACAUUUCUAAACGCAGCCUUAUAUUAACAUGCUUGAAAAAAGAGGUCCUGUAUAUUGUACAAACGCAAUUAAUGCCAAUUCAUUUCAAGUCUGUGAUGUAGUGUUUGAUGUAUGUUCUCUAAAUAACGUGUCAGAAUGGUUUUGGCAUUUCUAAAUGUAACAAAAUAUUAACGUUUUUGCAAAGUAAGUUGUUCUACCAAAAUGUUUCGUCUCAUUUGUCGUAAAAACAUACAAAUUGCAAUUCUGCCAAUUUCAUUUCAAGUCUGUGAUGUAGUGUUUGUCUUGUACAUUGUGAUUUAGAAUAGUUCCAUCAGACUUUGUAAUCAGUUUCUGUUGCAGCCUCUUCAGAUUAACGUUUGCCAGGUGCGGAUUUCUUUAUACCGAAUUUCUUUACUUAGUCACAACCUGUAAAAUAAAGUUCAUGCCGUGAGCCAGAAAAAAUAUGGUUAUAGUGCCGUUUCAUGUUUUACUGUUUGAAAAAAAUGUUCAAUAAACAAAAUUAAAAGCA